AUGUCUAGUGCAACAACUGACUGGCGACUUCUUCUCAGCGAGGACGAAAGGAAGAUUAAUGUUGGCAGGUUUUAUAAAGUCUUAGAGCUCUUUAAUCAACCUAGCGUUUAUAUAUUUCAGAUAUCGAAACAGUUGGAAAUUGAUUUUCAUAAUUGUGCAAAUUCCAAAGAUGAAUACAACCAGCUGAUUGAAACAAAGUUACGAGAGUUAACUAACAAAAUUCAACGAAGCGUUCAGAUACAACAGCAACAACAAGCACAAGGGAAUGCUGCGUCAUCACAACAACCUCAAGUCGUUCAACAACAGCCGCAACAAGCACAAACUUUACUAGUUCAACGAUUACAAAAUUCACAGUCACAGCAAUUACAACAACAAAUUCUGACACAGACUCUUCAACAACAGCAGCAACUGGUUCCUUCUCGACAGCAGCAGCAGCAGGCACAAACCCAAAGGAUUCUAUUGCAACAACAACGUCCGCAACCUCAAGUCGCUCAACAACAAUCGCAACAAGUACAAACUUUAAUACCUCAACAAUUACUAAAUUCACAAUCACAAAAAUUGCAGCAACAAAUUCCGAUACAGACUCUUCAACAACAGCAGCAACCGAUUCCUUCUCCACAACAACAGCAAGCACAAACCCAAAGAAUUCUAUUACAACAACAGCAACCAACCUCAAGUCAUUCACAAUCAAUCACAACAAACACAAACUCUACCUCAACGUUUACCAAAUUCACAAUCACAGCAAUUGCAGCAACAAAUUCUGAUACAGACUCUUCAACAACAGCAACUAGCGGCUGCUCAGCAACUACGACUACAACAACAGACGCAAAAGAAUGUUGCGCUAUCGCAGCAACCUCAAGUCGCUCAACAACAAUCGCAACUAGCACAAACCUUAGUAUCUCAACUAUUAACAAAUUCACAAUCACUGCAAUUGCAGCAGCAACCGGUUCAUUCUUUACAACAACAGCAGCAAGCACAAACCCAAAGAUUCCUAUUACAACAGCAACGCCUGGCUCUUACACAACAAUUGAUAAGAAAGAAGCAUUAGAAAUGAUAAGACAAAUAGAUGAUAAGAUUAGAAAAAAGAAAAUUCAAUAUCACAAAAUUAAUCAUUCAGAAGAAGACAAAAAACAAAUAAGGAUUAAAUUACAUAUGUUGGCUCAGAUGUACAAAAAAGUUGACGAAAUAUUACCGUACUUUUGGCAUUAUACAAAAUCAAGUAAAGGAACACAUCACCUAUUGGGCAUGAAAUACAUAAUAGAAGAUCAAUUUAAAGCUCUAUCCUUUGGAAAAUAUCUACUUAAAUUGAACUUUGUUGAAAAUUUAUUCCAACAAUUUCGUAAAUAUUUUGUUUUCGUGGGAUGUCGUAAAAGAGGUGUUGAAGAUACUUCUGGAUUAAUGAAUUUUAAUCUUUUUGUCACCCCACAACAACCUCAACAACCUCAACAACCUCAACCAAACGUAAACAGUCUUUUUAUGCCACCAAUAAAUUCAAUAUUGCCGAACUCACUUGUUUUUCCUAAUAUGCCAAGUACUUAUGGUAGCUUAUUUAUCCCCAUAAAAAAGCAUCAAUCAUCAGUUGACCAAAAUGUACCACGGUCAAAUAAGAGGCGGCGAACCAAAUCCAAUAGUAUAGACAACACUGCUGAUAGUACGCAAAAUAUUUCGACAGAAAUAUUGGCAAAUAUUAUUGCCGACCUUAUCGUAAUUCCACAUGAUACCAAACCAACUUCAUCUGAAGCUCAAGAAUCAAAUAAGGGAGGUGACACUACUGAGGAUUAUCACACAGGCACACAACUACUUAUAAAUUGA